CCAAUGGGCUCUCUGGAAUAGUCGGCACAGCUAUACAAUCUAUAACCCCAGGUAGCGCCGUCCUCUCUCUCUCUCUCUCUCUCUCGCACGGUGCUUGGAUAUUACAGCGGUGCCUUUGCUUACUCGUCAAUGGCGGCGAGAAACGCACUCCUCAAAUACCUGAGAGUGAACGUUCGACCUGUGCUACAAAACCCUACCUCUAGCCGCUUCUCUCUUCCGUUGUUUAAUAUUCUUCUGCAGCGGCGCCAGUUCGCCGAGGCGGUUAGGGGCUCGUUUCUCGACAAAUCGGAGGUCACCGACCGUGUCAUCUCCGUCGUCAAGAACUUCCAGAAAGUUGACCCUUCCAAGGUUACUCCAAAUGCCCAUUUCCAGAAUGAUCUUGGGUUGGACAGUUUAGAUGCUGUAGAGGUUGUGAUGGCUCUUGAAGAAGAGUUCGGGUUUGAGAUCCCAGAUAAUGAAGCCGACAGGAUCAACUCCAUCAACCUUGCUGUCGAUUUUAUCGCAUCUCAUCCUCAAGCCAAAUAAGGAAAAUGAACUUAGUUGUGGCAACUUUAUUUUCUCUGCUUUUUCGUUUGCAGAACUAGCUGCACCUGGAGAGAGAAUAUUUUGGUGGGAAUCUUAUAAAUUUUCAAUUAUUGUCUCUACGAUUCCUGUUUUGUGCAAAUUCUAUUUGGCACACACUCGGGUCAUUUGUGGACCCCAGUGCAUCUCUUCUCUUGCAUAAAUUGCAGACGGCUGUAGGUUUCAAGUUUGUGUUUUACUUGUACCCAGUAGUCUUGGACCUCAUUGCGUUGCAGCAAGCUUAUAUUCUGUUCUAAUAAUCAAACAAUGGAAGGGUGUAUUUUAUGGACAUCUGAAAGUAGCAACAGAGCUGUUUCCAGAUUUUUCCUUUAUAAAAAUAGUGAAAUUUAUUCAAGGGUGAUGAUGGAUCAUUUAGUA